ACAUUGAAGCUGAUGCAGGAAUUGCACAAAAAAAGGCAGAUAUGGAAGAGUUCAGAAAGAAGUGUCUGGAAGAACUGGAAGAGCACCGGUUUCAUCAAACAGAGCAAGCUGCAAAAUUCAAUAGAGGAAUCCUGUCAUCACACAUGGCGCAGGUGAAUAAAACCCUCAUCGAAAUUAAAAAAACUAAAGAGAAAGAGGCCAAAGAAGAAGAGAAAAAGUUCUGGAGAAAGAAAGAGGCUGAAAACAAAGAAGCCCUUCAACAAGAGCAGGAGAAAGCUCUUCAGAGAAGACUUAAAGCCCAGGCUCUCGCUGAAGAACACAGACAGAAAAUCAAGGAGAAAGAACUGCUUAAAGAACAAGAAAAAAUGGCCCAAAAGAAACAGGAAGCUGUUUCUUUUGGGCCGAUGGCGAUGAGUGAACAGGAGAAAAAACAGUUUGUAGAACAACAAAGGAAAACCCUUUUGAAAGAAAGAGAAGAUCAACUGUCCAUGAAAAAGGAAAUAAGAGAAAAAGAGGAGGAAAGACAGAAGCUGGAGGACAGUAAAAUCCAAAUUGUUCAGAUAGAGCACGCAGAGAAAGCUGCCCAAAAUAAAUCUGAACAAGCUGAGAAGUUUGCAAAACUGCAAGUCCCGAAGCACAUGGCCAGGGAGAAACUGGCAGACAUGAAGAAGAAGCAGAGCGCUGACGAGGCCCUGAAAGAGGAGAGGCAUCUGAAAGCCGUGGCAGAGAAAACUGCCAAAGACCAACAGGAGAUCAAAAUGAAGGAGAUAAAGAAGGCAGCAGAGCUUCAGUCCAUCGCCAAUCACAGAGAAACUGUAAGAAAAGAACAGCAGCUGAAGAAAACGGUGGCCAAAGAGGAAAGCCUGGUCCAUCUGAAAGAACUGAAGGAAGCUGACAGGUUGUUUCAGGAGAAGGAACAACUGGAGGCAAAGAGCAGAAGAGAAAAGUGCGUCAAGGUCAAAGAGGAAAAUAAAACUCUCAUAGAUGAGAAACGUGCCCAAAAGCAGAAGCUGGAGCAGGAGGACAAGGCAUUUGAGAAGAAGCAAGCAGAAACCUUCGCUGAGAAGGAGCAAAAGUUCCAAUGAUACGUCAAGGAGGAAUUAGACAAAGCUUUAGGGGGAGGACAGACUACUCGUCCUCUUCUUUCAGCUUUGCGGGCAGGGGAUGUGAAGAGAACGAGCUUCUUUUCAGUUCAAGGCAAUGUGUUGCCCAGCUAUUCCACUGCUGAAACCCAGGAGAUGAGGGAACAGCAGUAUCACAAGAAGCUACAGCUUGGCACUGAAGUUCUUCCUCAGGUGACCAAUGAGGUCAAUCAGCAGGAGACCGGGCAGCUG